AAAAUAUAGAUUGUUUGAGUGAGUUGACAUGGAGGAGAUUUUUUUCAGCUUCUAGCAGGUGUGGGCAGACACCGUCCCAUGCAGUGUUCUAGACGAGAUUUUUUUUCGUCUUCUUACACAUGUACAAGGAUGCUAUUCGAAAAUAUAGAAUGAUUGAGUGACAGUUUUUUGUGAUAGGAGAGAGAAUACUUACAAAUCUGAAUGUUGCUGAUAACGAUGUGGGAGCACGUGUUGUAGGGGAGAAAUUUGAAUUUUUCUCGCUUGUAGCACACUUCACUCUCACUCGCACGAGCCUGGAACAGAGAGAGAAACGUAUGGUAUAUAAACAGAAGUGAUGAGAGGAAAAUUGUCAUUUACAUCUGAGUCUACUUUGAGUAUACUUCAUGAUGAUUUCUCUACCAUCUUCAUACAUGCUGCCAGAUAGCCCACCACCAUACCAGUGUGUGCUCAACUACUGGCAGUGGAAAACUGCCAUCGCUGCUGCUGAGUUGUCCGCUGCUGCACCUGCCAUCUCACCACUCAACGUGGAACCACCAUCACCGGGCAGCGAGAUCGUGGUCGGGGACAGCCCUAUUCAACGCUUGGGUCCAGCUGCUACCUGGGCACAGCGGCGAGCGGUGCUAACUACUCUACCAAACAACAGGCAGAAGCAGGGGAAGCGGAAGUUGACGUUGGAGGAGGAGGCAGAAGUUAGCGGGGAUGAGGACGAGUCAAUCUUCUCACAAACAGAGGAACGUGCUGGAAUGGACGAGAACUCAUCCGUGGUCCCACUGAUGAAGGAGGUGUGGUGAGGGGAGGAUGAGAUGGAGUUCGUAACAAUCGUUAAUGCACCAAUGCCUAAACCGUGGAUCCCGCUGAGGGAAUUAAAGGAGCACACUCCCUACCCCAUUAUUGCGGCGAGGGAACAAACAAAUAUGCAUGGAUGACGGGUAAUUUUAAAAACUACCAAUGCAGGAAGCAAAUCUAUGAGAGAGGUAUAUUUACCGCAACGAUUUG